AUGUCCAAAAAACAGCCGAAAGGCGAGUACAUCGAGACCGACACAGGCAACAAAGUCUCGCGGCGCUCGCAAAUAAUUGGCACAACGAACAUCAUCCUCGGCGGCAAGACAGUGAUCCAAGCCGAAGUGAUCAUCCGCGGGGAUCUGUUAAGGACGUAUCCACCGAGUAAUCCGUCCGAGAAGCAAGGGAAUACGGUUGCGGUUGCUAUUGGACGGUAUUGUUUUUUCAGUCGCGGUUGUGAAUUGAGGCCGCCGGGGAAGUUGUAUAAGGGGCAAUUCUCCCACUACCCCCUCAAAAUCGCAGACCACGUCUUCGUGGGCCCCUCAUCCAUCAUCGAAGCAGCGCUCAUCGGCUCACACGUCAACAUCGGGGCAAGCGUCGUAGUCGGCAAGUUUGCAAUCAUCAAGGACUAUGUAAGGAUCCUGGAUGGUAGUGUGGUGCCGCCGAAUAUGGUGAUUCCGAGUUUUAGUGUUGUGGCGGGACGCCCGGCGAGGGUGGUGGGGGAGAUUGCGGAGGGGGAGGUGGAUGGUAUGGAUUUGAGGGAGGUCUAUAGGGGGGUGGGGAAUGCGUAG